AUGAUUUUGUUAGCAUUUCACACUAGAAGACGUUUGAAUAGCUUUUAUCUAGGGACGUUGUGCUUGCAAUUCUUGCUGUGGAUUUUAUGUGCCGUGAAUGGAGAGGAACAACCGUUCAGCGUAGAGACAUGGCUCCAGAGGUAUGGCUACCUUCCCCCUACAGACCCCAGGAUGUCGGUCCUGCGGACGGCCCAGACCAUGCAGUCUGCUAUCGCUGCCAUGCAGCGUCUCUAUGGCCUCAACGUCACAGGAUCGCUGGACAGGAACACUAUAGACUGGAUGAAGAAGCCCCGAUGUGGUGUACCAGACCAGCUAGGAGGGGCGUCCAAAUUCAGUGUCCGGAAAAAGCGGUACGCCCUAACGGGGCAGAAGUGGCAGCAUAAGCAUAUCACAUACAGCAUAAAGAACGUCACACCCAAGGUGGGCGCAGAGGAAACCCAUGACGCCAUCCGGCGGGCGUUCGAUGUGUGGCAGAACGUGACGCCGCUCCGCUUCGAAGCCGUCCCCUACAGCGACCUGGAGCGUACCAAGAAGGACGUGGACAUCACCAUCAUCUUUGCCUCGGGUUUCCACGGCGACAGUUCGCCCUUUGACGGAGAGGGGGGCUUCCUGGCCCACGCCUACUUCCCUGGCCCCGGAAUCGGAGGGGACACCCACUUUGACUCAGACGAACCCUGGACCCUGGGCAACCCCAACCACGACGGUAAUGAUCUGUUCCUAGUGGCAGUCCAUGAGCUGGGCCAUGCCCUUGGUUUGGAACACUCCAACGAUCCCACAGCCAUCAUGGCCCCCUUCUACCAGUACAUGGACACAGAGAACUUCAAGCUGCCCCACGACGACCUCCAGGGCAUCCAGAAGAUCUACGGUCCACCAGAUAAGGUACCCCAGCCGACCAAGCCUUUACCAACAGCCCCCCCACACCGCUCACAACCCCCCUCGGACCCUCGCAAGCCUGACAGGCAGACGCGACCCCCCAGGAUACCUACGGGGGACAAGCCCAGCCAGCCCAAUGCCAAGCCUAACAUCUGUGAUGGAGGCUUCAACACCCUGGCCAUUCUGAGACGAGAGAUGUUCGUGUUCAAGGAUCACUGGUUUUGGAGGGUACGGGACAACGCAGUGAUGCCGGGGUACCCCAUGCUCAUCAAUGUCUUCUGGAGAGGACUGCCCCCCAAGAUAGACGCUGUCUACGAGAACAGCGAGGGGAAAUUUGUCUUCUUCAAAGGGAAGCAGUUCUGGGUAUUCAAGGACACCAUGCUCCAGCCCGGCUACCCCCAGGACAUCUCUAUGUUCGGCCACGGCAUGCCAACCCAGAGCAUCGAGACCGCCGUCUGGUGGGAGGACGUAGCCAAGACAUACUUCUUCAAAGGGGACAGGUACUGGCGCUACAAUGAGGACAUGAGGACAAUGGACCCAGGCUACCCUAAAUCCAUCACUGUCUGGAAGGGUGUCCCAGACUCUCCACAAGGAGCCUUCGUAGACAAAGCCAAUGGUUUCACCUACUUCUACAAAGGGAAGGAGUACUGGAAGUUCAACAAUCAGAGGUUGCGAGUCGAACCCGGUUACCCCCGCUCCAUCCUGAAGGACUUCAUGGGCUGCGACCUGACCCCCAUCGACCCCGAGUGGCCGCCCACGGAAGACGUCGACAUUGUCAUUGAGCUGGAAAACGAGGCCAACACAGUGAAGGCCAUUGCCAUCGUGAUCCCCUGUGUCCUGGCGCUCUGUCUUCUUGUCCUGGUCUACACCGUCUUCCAGUUUAAGAGGAAGGGAACGCCCAGACACAUACUGUACUGCAAACGCUCCAUGCAGGAGUGGGUGUGAUGACUCUGGGUGACACACAGGGGUCCGCUAGUUGGACCAAUAUGACUUUAUUAUACCCUCCAGUAUAAUGGAAUCAAUGGUCCGGAAAUGACAUCCAGACAGAGGUGGUGGCGGUUGUAGUACGCCGGUGACUCCACUAUGAUCUGAUCUAAUUUUAGGCCUACUCCCAAGACUCCCCCGUCUUUUUAAAUGGGAGCGGGAGAGGGUGGGGCCUUUGCCUAGAUACCCCUCCACCCUGAGAUUGAACAGAGGGUACUGUUAUUUUGUAUCCCAUCAACCCCCAUUCCUAGCCCUGCCCUUUUAGGACGGCGCCUGGUGCAACCGCUCUUAAACGGGGAAGAACUUUCAUGUGGCUUUCAACUCUUCCCAUGGUGCACUGCGUCAGUCAUCUUCCUGUUGUCAUAUCAGGCUGUCGCCCAAUCAGAGGAACACAGCCAGUUCUUAUCUACAGUAUCUUAGGUCUUAUCCCCUACUGCACGCGCUCAGAAAGACAAAAGACCCCCAAUAACAACUGUUUCUGAAGUUACACCCAGUUACCAACUCCUGUCUCUUUUUAUUGUUUUUUUCCUUCAAAAUAUAAUUUAUUUUUAAAAAAUGAACGUUUUUACAGUCCCGUUAAAAACAGUCCUGAAGAAAAGUACAACCCAAACCAAAUAAAUACUUGUUUCUCUCUAAAGAGGAUGCUUUUUUUUCAUAAUCAUUUUUGCUAUCACUUUCUUUUUCUUUUCUUUUUUCUCUCCCUGCUCUUCUUGAUCCUUUAUGCAGCGGAAACUUUGACUGUUGUGGCAGUCUGUCUCAAAAACAGGGGCCAAAAUAUUUUGCAAUAUUUUUAAUCGCCUUAAUUAAAGAUCAAUUGUGUUCUU